GCUGAUCAAGAGAAGUCUUCAGUGGCUUCUGGACACAGCUCUGACUUUUGAACCUUUAGGAAAUGCAUUUGCCACGGAGAAGGCGGCUACAAGGGAACCGAAUCUUUUUCUUGCUUGCCACAGUGUUGGUCCUCUCUCUCUAUCAGCUCCAGUUCAGCCCCUCUGCCCUUCCAGCACCACACGCAGCCCCCCAACCCACGAACUCUGUCAAAGUGACCUCCAGGGACCGCUCCAGCAACAAGACUGCCGCAACAGGCAAUGUCACAGCAGCACCCAAAAUAAGGCACUGCGUAUAUGUGGAUCCUGAGCCAACCGUGCCCAUCACUACAUCAGUGGAUACAACACCACAGCGAGAAAAUGUCAGUGAAAGCUACCCAGAUGGAAAGCCACCGUACGAGUCCAAAGGAGAAUAUCCCCAGGACCUAUUUAGUGUGGAAGAACGCAGACAAGGGUGGGUCGUACUUCACAUCUUUGGCAUGAUAUAUGUCUUUGUGGCCUUGGCCAUAGUGUGUGAUGAGUAUUUUGUCCCUGCUUUGGGAGUGAUCACAGAGAAGUUGCAGAUCUCUGAAGAUGUGGCUGGAGCCACCUUCAUGGCAGCAGGUGGAUCAGCACCAGAACUCUUCACCUCCCUCAUAGGUGUCUUCAUCUCACACAGCAAUGUGGGCAUCGGUACCAUUGUGGGCUCAGCAGUGUUUAAUAUCCUCUUUGUCAUUGGCACCUGUGCCCUCUUCUCAAGGGAGAUCCUCCACCUGACAUGGUGGCCCUUAUUUAGAGACAUCUCAUUCUACAUUGUAGACUUACUGAUGCUCAUCCUGUUUUUCCUAGACAGUGUCAUUGAUUGGUGGGAAAGCCUCCUUUUACUGACUGCCUAUGCCACAUACGUAUUCACUAUGAAACAGAACGUGUACCUAGAACAAUGGGUGAAGCAGGAGCUGAACAAGAAGCUAAAUGCUGUGCAGGCAGCAUCAGCAGAGCGUAUACGGAAGAAAAGCAGUGGGGCGGUUGCAGAUGAUGGAACAAAGAAGCCAGCAGAUGGGAGGAAGCUGCAGCCUACAUCAGCCAUACAGCGAGGCAGCAGCUCAGCCUCCCUACACAACUCCCAAAUGCGCAGCACCAUCUUCCAACUCAUGAUCCACACCCUGGACCCCCUGGCAGAAGCAAAAUUUAAAGACAGGGUUGACAUCCUGAGCAACAUAGCCAAGGCCAAAGUAGAGAGUCUGGCUGGACAAGGAUCAAAACCAGAAGCAGAAGAGGAAAAGAAGGCACCAAGCACCAUUCAGGUCACUCCUGCCAGCGAUUCUGAACCCAGCAAAGGCAAACAGAAGGCAGAUACAUCGCAAGAUGGACAGCCCUCGUCAGACAGCGAUACCUCAGAAGACAGCAGCUCUGAGAGUGAGGAAGACAGUGGUGAUGACAGCACAGAUGAUGACGAAAACGACGAGCCAUUAUCUCUUGAAUGGCCGGAAACUAGGAAAAAACAAGCAAUUUACCUUUUCCUCUUUCCCAUUGUCUUUCCUCUCUGGAGCACUAUUCCUGAUGUCAGAAGCCCAGAUUCCAAAAAAUUCUUUGUCAUCACGUUUUUUGGAUCCAUCGUCUGGAUUGCUGUAUUCUCUUACCUCAUGGUGUGGUGGGCUCACCAGGUUGGUGAAACAAUUGGGAUAUCAGAGGAAAUUAUGGGGUUAACCAUACUGGCAGCAGGAACAUCAAUCCCUGACCUCAUCACCAGUGUCAUCGUUGCACGGAAAGGCUUAGGCGACAUGGCUGUCUCCAGUUCCGUAGGCAGCAAUAUCUUCGAUAUCACUGUUGGUUUGCCAAUUCCUUGGUUCCUUUACUCUAUCUUCAAUGGGCUCAGUCCAGUUGCAGUCAGUAGCAACGGUUUGUUUUGUGCAAUUGUUCUCCUUUUUCUCAUGCUCCUAUUUGUGAUUAUCUCAAUCGCUGUCUGUAAAUGGAAAAUGAACAAACUACUGGGGCUCACUAUGUUUGCUCUUUACUUUGUGUUUUUGAUUAUCAGUGUGAUGUUAGAAGACAAGAUAAUAUCCUGCCCAGUAUCUGUAUGACAUUUGGACAGUUCAAGACCUAUGUAAGCCUACAUCAAAAUCAAAGGGGGUUUAAGGUAGCAGUGGUUCUACUGAAAAAAGCAACCAGAAUUAUAACAAACUUACUGAGAAUGAAGUAUCUUUAACAUACUAAAAAAACCAAACCCCAAAUCUCAAGUGGUAUGUCAGCCUCUACUAUUUUUCUUUAGGA